AAAUUUUAACUUAUCUACUCCUUUUUUUAAAAAAUUGACAUUUCUAACAUUAUAUUCUAUCUUUCUUUCUCACAACAUACUCUUAAUAAAUUAGACUACUUCAUUUAGGCCUCAGUACUCUCUCUAAUCUGCAAACACAAAAAAAAUCCAAAAUAAAAACAUAGGAUUCCUUGAUGACAAAAAAAAAAAACGAGAAAAUAUAGUAAAAUAGUAAAAAAGACAAACAAAAAGACAGCUAAAACAAGUUGGGGGUGUUUCCACCUAGAUUCCCUCCCAACCUCUCCUAUUCAACUUAUAUUUAUACCCUUCAUUAUCCCACAUGCUCAUCUUUCCCUCACAAACAAAAAAAACCAUUACAACAUAAACAUAACAAUGAGAUCUAAUUCUCUAAUCAACCUUCUUAUUAUUUUCUCAUUCUUCCACCUCAACCUCGGCUCCGCAUGGAGUAUCGGGGUAAAUUAUGGGACGGUGGCGGAUAAUCUUCCGCCACCGGCCCAAGUAGCAGAAUUUCUUAAGACCAAAACGACAAUCAAUAAAAUUAAGUUAUUUGAUACUAACCCGGAUAUAGUCCGAGCCUUUGCCAAUUCUGGGAUUGCCGUGAGUAUCACGUUACCUAACGGUGAGAUUCCAAACUUGGUUCAACUUUCUGCAGCAAAACAAUGGGUAGCUACUCAUAUUACACCAUUUGUUCCACAGAGUAAUAUUAUAAGGGUGUUGGUUGGUAAUGAGGUCCUUCAUUGGGGCCCUCAAAAUCUUAUUGAUAAUCUUGUUCCUGCUAUGCGUACCCUUUAUCAAGCUCUCCAACAGGCUGGUCACAAAAACAUUCGGGUCUCAACUCCACAUUCCUUGGGCAUCCUAGGCAGAUCAGAGCCACCAAGCACUGGCCGUUUUCGACCAGGAUGGGACGUGGGCGUGUUAGCUCCAAUGCUUAAGUUCCUACAUGAAACGAAGUCUCCUUUCAUUGUUAACCCCUACCCAUACUUUGAUGUUGGCCCUAAGAAUGUUAACUUCUGUCUCUUUAAGAGAAAUAGAGGAAGGUUUGAUAGAUGGACUAAGAAGAUGUACUACAACAUGUUUGAGUCCCAAUUGGAUGCUGUCUAUUCUUCCAUGAAGGCCUUAGGCUUUCCUGAUGUUGACAUUGUUGUCGGCGAGACAGGUUGGCCUACUGUUGGUGAGCCAUUCCAGACUUGGGUCAACCCCGCGGAUGCUCAAACUUAUAACUCUAGGCUGGUUAUGGCUGCUAGCUCGGGUAAAGGGACUCCGUUGAUGCCUGGUAGGAAAUUUGAGACUUACAUCUUCGCGUUGUUUAUUGAGAAUCAGAAGCCUGGACCUGUUGCUGAGAGGAACUUUGGAUUGUUUAGGCCCGAUUUUACCCCUGUCUAUGACAUUGGUGUGAUGAGGAAUGGACCAAGGCCUCAGCCCCGUCCCAGGCCUGUAGGAGGUCGUGGAAAGGGUCGUGGGACUGUCGUGCCACCAAAGUCCACUACCCCAGCACUACCUGGCCCAACGAAAGGAUGGUGUGUGCCGAAACCACAAGCCACCGAUGCUCAAUUGCAGGCCAACAUCAACUAUGUCUGCAGCCAAGGAGUUGAUUGCAAACCCAUUCAACCUGGUGGUGCAUGCUUCAACCCAAACAACGUUAGAGCUCACGCAACCUAUGUCAUGAACACAUUUUACCAGACUAAGGGUCGCCAGCCCUUCCAAUGCGAUUUCUCUCAUACCGCCAUGCUCAGCAACCGGAAUCCAAGCUAUGGUAUAUGUAGAUAUUAAUCUCUCUGAAGGUGCUGAAAACGCGAAAUUGAAGCAAAGAGUUAUGGACUAGAACAUCCCUCCAACAAGAUUAUUUAUUCUUGACAACAUUGUCCAUUGACGUACAAAAUAAUUGUGUUCACUAUCACUCUUGUUGAUGGCACUAAUUAUCAUAAUGCCUUAUCUUUUGAGUGAUGUAGAUUAAGAUAAAGAUAUGAAUGAUAGAGGUUUAACUGAUGAGAUGUGAUAUUUUGUGUAAAGGAUCCUUUGGGAGAUGAUUAUUUACUCACUCUUUGAUCUUCGAAUCGAGAAACUGGACUAUCUUGUAAGAGAGUUUUGGAAAACUUACUAGCAUAAGUGAGGAUUCAUCUCCUAGUCAUUUGGCCAUGAAAAGAUUAACACAAUAAGUGAAUGAAAAUUAGUUAAUUUCUCUCUUUUUCUUCAA